ACUCAAACCAGCAGGCUUUGCUGAGAAGUAAACAUGUCAAAGUCACAGAUAUUGGUGACAACCUUAGUGCUGUUGCUGUCUCUGUCUCUCGUACAGUGUGUAGAGAAAGAGAGUAAAGAUGUAAAGGCGAAGGCCGAAGAAUCUGACGCAGGCCAAGAUGAUAUGAGCGAUAUGGACAUUAUGGGAGCGCUAAGCGACUGCAAUGAGACCUUCAGGAUUGACAUGUCAUAUUUGCUGGCUCUAAAUGAAAGCGGCAGUUUUCCUGAUGAGACCGAUAGAACACCGAAGUGUUACGUGCGUUGCGUGCUGGAGAUGGUGGAUGUGGCUUCAGCUGACGGACAGUUCGACCCUGAGCGUGCUGAAGCUGCCCUCAUGGGUAUCAGGGGAGUGCGGGCGCUGAGCAACGUCAAGGAGGUGGCUGUCACUUGUGCAGACAGACAAGAAACCUGCAAGUGUGAGAGAUCAUACCAAUUCAUCAAGUGCCUCAUGGAGAUGGAAAUCAAGAUGUCUGAGAAGUCCUAGAAUGGAGACCAACGCGCGACCUUCGAAUGAUCAAACGGUUUAUUUUAUUUUGUUUUAGUGUUUGAAUGUAGAAAUGCAAUUUUAUAGGAUUAAACUAUUUUUGUUAUCCUG